CAACACACACACACACACACACACACACACACACACGCACACGCACACACGCACUAAUCGUUUUAGCUAUUACCUAGCCUAGCAAAGCUAAUCUAUCCCUCCACGAGCUGACCACGUAUCCUGGUCAGUUAAACGGCUGAAGGAAGUCUGUCACCGCGCUUUCAUGUCUUGUUUGUUCCUGGCGCUGUCACCCUAGGGCAGCUGCACGGUCCCCCGCCACACAGCCAGGUAAACACCGGCCAGCCCCAUGAAGACACCGCGGCUGUCCCCUCACACAUGGAGGCCAGUUGAAUAACACAGGAGACGCGUGGAGUCCGAGGCACCAUGGAUCUCUCAGCACCUGCUUCGGUGGUAGCCCUCCUCCACUGACCUCACCUCCUCCUCCCCAUCUCUUCCUCCACCUUUCCCUCUCUCAUCUACCUCUCUUUCUCCACGCCCCAUCCCUCACUACCCUCGUGUCUGUGACCCAGGGUGACCACUCUGCACCUCCUACAUCAUGGCAGGGGAGAAAGGGCCGACUAAGCGGAGCGCCAUGGACAUCAAGCGCCUGGCGAGCCUCAUCCAGAGAGGAACGGGCCGCUUGCUGGUGAUUGACAGCAGGACGUUUUCUGAGUACAAUGCGUCGCAUGUGCAAGGUGCGGUCAAUGUCUGCUGCUCCAAGCUGGUGAAGAGGCGACUGCAGCAGGACAAGGUGUCUGUCACUGAGUUGCUGCAACCCAACGGCAAGGUGAAGGUGGAGCUGGGCAGGAAGCAGGAAGUGGUGGUUUACGAUCAGAGUUCCAAAGAAGCAGGGCACCUGUCCAAAGAUGGCUUCGUGCACAUCCUGAUGGGGAAGUUGGAAGGCACCUUCCACAAAGUCUCCCUGCUCACUGGAGGUUUUGCUGCUUUUACCUCCUGUUUCCCCGGCCUGUGUGAAGGGAAGCCUGCCACUUCUCUACCUAUGAGCUUGUCCCAGCCCUGCUUGCCUGUGGCUAAUGUAGGGCCCACUCGCAUCCUGCCACACCUCUACCUGGGCUCACAGAAGGACGUCCUCAACAAGGAUCUGAUGGCUCAGAAUGGUAUCACCUAUGUGCUGAAUGCCAGCAACACCUGUCCCAAGCCAGACUUUAUCAGCGAGAGCCACUUUAUGCGCAUCCCAGUCAAUGACAACUACUGCGAGAAAUUACUUCCCUGGCUGGACAAAACUAAUGAAUUCAUAGACAAAGCUAAGGUGUCAAACUGCAGAGUCAUUGUGCACUGCCUGGCUGGAAUCUCACGUUCAGCAACCAUCGCCAUUGCAUACAUCAUGAAGACAAUGGGCUUGUCAUCAGAUGAUGCCUACAGGUUUGUAAAGGACCGAAGGCCGUCCAUAUCCCCCAACUUCAACUUCCUGGGUCAGCUUCUGGAGUUUGAGAAGGGCCUGCGAUUACUGCAAGCUUUAACUUCAACCACUGAUGACAAGAUCUCUGACAACAACACUAAGCAAAGCUCAGAGGUUAAUGGAGGUUUCGAGAUGAAUGGUCACCACAGCAACUAUGACUCAUCGGUGGCAGACCAACACAUCCCACCAGAACCCAAGGUGCCAUCACCCACCUCCCUUCAGCAAGGCUUCAACGGCCUACACCUCUCCGCAGAGAGAAUCAUGGACACUAACCGGCUUAAACGCUCCUUCUCCCUGGACAUUAAGUCGGUCUACUCUCCCAACAGUACCCCCUGCCCCAGCCUGGCACCCACACACUCUGAAGACGUCCCCAAGCUGUGCAAGCUUGACAGCCCAGGAACAGGCACCUCCAAUGGUGUCUGCUCCCAGUCUCCCGUCCUAGACAGCCCCAGCUCUACUGAUUCACCGUUUCCCUCACCAGGCAGCGGGGGCAGCAUUGGAGGUUUGGGUCCAGUCCAUCGGUCUGGUUCUUCCUCAUCCAGACCCAGGAGAAAACCCAAGCAUUGCUCCGGCAGUUCCCCAAUCCACUCCCAACCACACCAUCCUCCACAGUCCCUCAGCUUGUCGUUGGACCACAAGAGCCCCAGCGUGGACGAGAACCUAAAGGGCUCCCUGCUCCUGUCGCUACCCUCCCUUCCCACCUUGGGGUCUGGGGCCAUGUGGACCAAACACAGAGACACUGUCCAGGCCACCACUCCCGUCACACCCGUCACCCCCACCACAGAUGCUCCCUGGCACUUUGGGGCAGUGGAGGGCGGUGAGAGAGAGAUGGAGCUGGGAGGAGGAGGGGAUGGAGGAGGAGAGGAGUCGUCGGUAAGGUUUGGGAGCAGCUCGGCGUAUAUGGCGUUUGGGUGCAGCGAAGGUGUGCGGUUACGAGACAAAUCCCAGAGGGAGAAGCCCUCAUCACCACAGACCCAGAGAGACCACCGGGACUCUACGUCGUCGACCACAGUGAACCUGUCCAACAGUGCAAACAACAGCGGGCCUGCAUCAGAGAAGCAGUUCAAGCGGCGCAGCUGUCAGAUGGAGUUCGAGGAGGGCAUCUCCGAGACGCGAUCCCGAGAAGAACUGGGGAAGAUCGGGAAGCAGUCCAGCUUCUCUGGGAGCAUGGAGAUCAUCGAGGUAUCCUGACAGAUAAUGAACAUGAUCAGGGCUGUCCCUUGGGGGCACAAAUGGACCUGGUUAGAGGGAGUGCAAAAGGAGGACAUAUGACGGGGAGCAGAAGAGGCUUAUUUUGUGCUCCCCUCACAGACAGUGUUAAAGACUCCAACUGAGAGAAGGACAAACAGAUUACACAAGCAGAGAGUUAAUGUGAAAAGGUUAGCAAGCAAACUAGCAUUCGCACCUGAGACAGAGCUUGUGAUGUGGUCCAUCCUGAACUCUCAUACAAAUCUGAAUAAAAGUCUGGGGGAGGGUGGGGUUAAGGGGGUGACUAUAGGUACUGAAAUUCUUAAUUUUUUCUGAGCUCCGUGAGAGAUAAAAAGAAACGACCCAGGACAAGGGUCAUGUUGUAUCCUUACUAUAUAGAAUAUCCCCUAUUUUGACAGAGUUUGGACACAAAUUGCUUGCCUUGGGUCAAAUGUAGUGUACUUCAGUGGGUGUAUAGCUUGUGAUUUGAACCGAAUCCCAUGUUUCCUCCCAAAGCUUCACCCGAGUGUCCGAAAGCCUCAGAACCUUGCACGGCUACGUCCAUCCCCUCUUCCCAGUGGCUCUGCCUGCUACAGACUCUGCAUAUCAACAUCAAAAACAAUUAAAAAAAAAACUCCUUAACAGCACCGUCUCAUCCCAUCACACAGCACAAGGGAGAGAGAUCCCAAGGACUUAAUCUAACGGCGGUACUGUAUCCAAACAAUGAAGGAUCCCCAGCAUUUUGUUGCUGAAAAGACUUUUAAAGACUCGUAACGCCAGGCAGUGUUUCCCCCCCCCCCCC